AUGCAUUUUCCCGCCUAUGGUGCAGAUGGCAUGCAUGUCUCCAGCGCGGAGCAAGAAGAAGCAACGGAGUCGCGGGGAGAAGAGCUCCAGCAUCUUAUCGUGCAGCUGGGCAUUCGUCUUCAAAAUGAAUCGCGCCGCUCGCGAGACAAGCGGCCAGCACCGGCGCAUGUUGAUUCGGAGCAGUCGAAACUGAAGAAGGUCCGAGAGGCAUCUCUCUUCGAUCUCGUGAAGCAGGUGCUCACGCGCUGGCGCGACGCCACUGACUCCGACCUCGCGGAUGAUGCCUUUGAAGCGGCGGUGCGAGCGGCUCUUGCCGGGCCCGGUUGGCUUCCUAAGGAGCUGGAACAGGUGUCCGAGCUCUUCGCCGAGGCGCAGGCAGCUGCUUCCAAGGGCAGGCGACGCUCGGACGCUUCUCGCCGAGGUGCAAAGGCCUCAGAGCACAUGCCCGCCGCCUUGUCAGAGUUGAUGUCUCGUUUGGGCCUCUCGUGGCGCCCCGGCGCAGGGGCGCCUGCGCAGGCUUCGGAGGUGCCGAAGGAGCCGGAGGUCAAGGCUUUGGAGCCUCCGGAGCCGGCCGACGAGAGGAGCGAUGAAAAGCCCGAUGAGGCGCCCGAUGGGGACCUCGAUGAGGAACCCGAUGAGGAGCCUGAUGAGAGGCCGGAUGAGGAGCCCGAUGAGAAGCCCGAUGAGCCUGAGUCUGAGAAGAAGGACGCUGAGGAGCCGGAGAGAAUAGAGGUGGAGGAGAUGGAGAUGGAGGAGCGCGAGGAUGCCGAGAAGGAGGGUGAGGAGGAGAUGUUCCUUGCCAGGGCCCCGUAG